CAGUUGCGUUCCUCCUCUCUGCCCGCUCCUCACUCUCACUCUCUCCCUCUCCACGGCAACGCGGCUUGCGGCUUCUCUCCUGUACCGUACUUAGCCAGCCUCAGCCUUCUCUGCCUCAUCCACACAGCGAAUAUCUACCGUCUACCAAUACCAGCGACCAGCGAACAGCUCCCAGCUCCCAGUAAUCAGCUCCUACCGGUACCCAUCAUUUCUCCAUCAUGACUAGCACAAUCUCAGCCUACUCUGACAAGAUCAGGGAGAUGUCCCUGGUAAAUCUCAUCUGUUCCUGUUUCCACACACAUCCUCACCCCAAUACCAUCAUCCAGUAUGAAGAUAUGGAGGUGAAGGCCCUGGACAAGCGUGCCUCGGGCCAGGCCUUUGAGGUGAUCCUGAAGACCCCCACGGACCUGUCCCCCGACCGGCCUCAGAGCCUGGCCCUGCCCCCCCGCAAGAAGGACGUCUCCCUCACCGAGCUGCAGAAGAGGCAGGCGGCCGCCGAGGAGAGGAGGAAGUCCCAGGAGGCGGAGGUGUUGAAGCAGCUGGCGGGUAAGAGGGAGCAUGAGAAGCAGGUGCUCGUCAAGGCCCAGCAGGGCAACAACAGCUUCAGCCGCAAGACGGAGGAGAAGCUCAACACCAAGAUGGAGCAGAUCAAGGAGAACCGCAACGCGCACCUCAACGCACUCAAACAACGCCUACGCCAGAAGGAGCUUCAUGCCGCCGAGGUCCGCAAGAACAAGGAGCAGAACUCAGACCUGUCUGGUUAAACAGCCACUCUGGAGUCCACCCGUCUCUCAUCUGUCCAAUUUUUUUGUUUUUGUUUUUCUUUGUUCUGUUUGAGGAUAUGCUGCUUCGAAAGCCACUCUGUCUUAAAAAGGUCAUCCGCGAUUCCAACUCAGCUGUAGUUAUUCUGCACAUCAUCAUCACACAAUAACAUCAUAUCAGAAAUCACUGACAUGACAUGUCCUUCACACACACAAGUCUGUAGCCCACACGCGCGCGAGCUUCUUCUGCACCAGUUCAAUACAGUACAAGGAAGGAAGAUGAAAAUGAACACAGUUGUGUAACAGUAUUCACACUCAGAUCUCAUCAACCCACCAAGUAAAUUACACAGUGUUUGGAAACGAUCCUGUUGACUGAAAUCUUACAAUAAACCACAACAGUAUGACAUGCAGGUAUAUUGCACACUCACACAAAAACACCGUACACCACAGUAAUGCACAGCAGCGUGCUGUCAACUAUACAACUAUAGUAAUAAGAUUCAUUUGGUAUGUAUUGCUUUAAGAUUGUGUUAGCUUGUUUUGUUUGAUUUGUAUUGCAAUUCCUUUACGUCACAGACAAGAUUACAAGCACCCGAUGUGUUAUCUGUGUGACAAGUGCCAGACCUGUUUAUAUCAAGGAAUCACACAGGCAUUUAUUCCAAAAAAAUGAAAACAUGGUGCAUUUUCUUUGGAAAAGAAGAUUGAUUUUAACAUUCUGACUUCCAAGAGAUGUGCCAAUCAACAGUCAUAUCCGAUAUUUUAAAAAUAUAAUGUUGGUGCUUUUAACAUAUACUUGUUACUGAGGGCUGGCUAUUCUCCUUGAAAAAAAAGACCAUAUGUCCAAGUAACACACCUGUCCUGUGCCAAUACAUAACAAUAACAAUGCCAACCUGCAGACUGUUGCUGGGCAAGCAAUCAGAAUGUAACUAACACGAGACACGUGUGUCAGAACACGCAUUUUACAAAUUGUCACUUUGAACACAGUGUUCUUGUCAAUGUCCACCGGCUGCUUUUCUGAAAUUGAGGUUGAUGUAUGAUAAUGAUAAUAAUAAUAAUAAAAAAUGGUUGUAAUGUAUAUACCUA